AUGCCAAGGGCAACCCCAACCAUCCCGCCUGCCCCUUCGACGGAUCCCCCUGCCCGGAUCCAGGGCGCGGCGGCAGGACUCGCUUCUUGUCCUCCUGCCGCAGCAGCGCGCCGGAUCGGAGAAGGCGCGCUGCUCCAUCCCCGCCGCCGUCCGCUCCCCCAGCAGCCCUACUCACCCCCUCUCCGCCGGCGAGCGCCUCCCUUCCGCAAAUCCGCCCGCUUCUUGGCUCCGGGCGGGGAUCAGCGAUGCCGGCUCAGCAGCGGAGCCAUGGGCGCCUGGAGCCGCGUCCCGGCAGGCUGCAGCGGCAGGCAGCGCGCGCGCCAGAGAGAGGCUGCUGCAAAAUGCGCGGCGGGGGCUUCGCGGAGCGCGAGGAGCCCGGCUCGACGCGGCUUCCCUGGUAGGCAGCGGCGAUCCCACGCGGCCGCGCUCUCGCGCUCUCGCGCCGGCUCUUUUAAAGAGGUAGCUCUGCGGCGCCCCCUGGAGGCCGUCAAGGCGGAGCGUGGCUGGGCUGCAGCGUCGCUUGUCGCCUCCGGGAGCGGGAGCGGGCGGCCGCGGACGGACCCGCGCGACGAAAUGCCUGUGCUAUUGAGACGGAGAGGAGGAAGGCGGCGGUGGAAGCGAGCCGUCAAGGAGCAGUCGAGCAGCCCCGGUCACCCCUUGGAGCUGCGGCCGAAGGAAGGGAAAGGCGGAAAGGAGAACCCCCGAGCCUUUCAGUCAUCAAGGAAGAGGAGGAGCGAGGAGGAGCCGCGAGUCCAACGCCGGGUCUCCAGCGAGACGGGAAAGCCGCCCUGCGGGGAUCUCGCCCCGGGAGGAAGGAGCGGCGUCCCCAUGCGCGGCCGCUUCUGCCGGCUCUGGCUCUUUGUUUUACUCCUCAAGGAUGUGGCACCUUUCCGGGUGGCUGUGCGAGAUGACAACUGCAUAGCUGUUUCCCUCGAGGCCGCCGACGUGGUGAGCUCGCCCUCCUCGGUGUACGUCGUGAAGAUCGCCGGCGAAUCCAAGAACUAUUUUUUCCAGUUUGACGAAUUCAACAGCACUUUCCCCGCCCCUGUGCUAUUUAAUGCCACCUACCAUGGCCUGUAUUACAUAGUGACUUUGAUGGUCGUGAGCGCAAAUAUGGUUUCCAAGCCAGCUAGAUCCAUCACUGUGUUAACCAAACCUCUUCCUGUAACCCGUGUUUCCAUCUAUGACUAUAAACCAUCGCCUGAAACGGGAGUAUUGUUUGAAAUCCAAUACCCAGAGAAGUACAAUGUUUUCACCAGGGUGAAUAUAAGCUACUGGGAAGGGAAAGACUACCGGACAAUGUUAUAUAAAGAUUCCUUUAAAGGCAAAACCGUUUAUAAUCACUGGCUGCCAGGAAUAUGUUAUAGUAACAUCACGUUCCAGCUGGUCUCUGAAGCAACAUUCAACAAAAGCACCUUGGUGGAAUACAGCGGGGUAAAGCAUGAGCCCAAGCAGCACCGGACAGUUCCCUACCCACCCCGAAACAUUUCCGUGCGUAUCGUACAUAUGAACAUCCAUGAGAACUGGGAGGAACACAGUGGGAAUUUUCCAGAAGAAUCCUUCCUGGGAAACCAGAAUGCCAUAGAGGAGGAAGAAAAAGUUCCUCAGGUGUUGGACAAUCUGCCUGAACUCCCGACAGAGAACACUUCCUAUACGUGGCCCGAUUACCACUACAACAGCAGUGAUUAUGAAACCACGUCUCAGCCAGAUUGGUGGAUUAAUGAAUCUGACUCCCCUGAGAAUGAGGAUGAGUUUGUUAAUGCAGCACCAAGAGAUUAUGAGAACAUCAACCCUACCACAGAGUUUGGCCAACCCACGGCCGGGCCUCCCUCAUUUCUCCCGGUGCAAAUGGUCCUGAGCUGGUUGCCUCCCAAACCACCAACAGCAUUUGACGGCUUCCAUAUUCAUAUAGAGAGAGAAGAAAACGUCACAGAAUUUCUGACAGUCGGUGAGGACAUUCAUGAAUUUGUCGCUGAUCUGAAAGAACCAGGGAAAUAUACUAUAUCGGUUACAACAUUUAGCUCCUCCGGUUCGUGUGAGGUUCGGGCCAGCCAAUCUGCCAAAACACUUAGUUUUUAUAUUAGUCCUGCAGGGGAAUUGAUAGAAGAACUGACAGAGAAGCCUCAGAAUGUCAUGGUGACUCAGCUGAGUUCUACCACCGCCUCACUCUCUUGGACAACGUCACAGGAGACCAACAGCAGCAAUGACCCGAUUGUGUCUGUCAUGUCCUUAACGUGCCAGAAACAGAAGGAGAGCCAAAGGCUUGAGAAGCAUUAUUGCACGGAGGUGAAUACGAGCAGCGGCUUCAUUGAGAACCUGGUUCCUGGCGCACAGUACCAAGUUGUCAUUUACUUACGGAAGGGACCGCUGGUUGGGCCUCCUUCUGAUCCAGUAACAUUUGCCAUCGUGCCAACUGGGAUCAAGGAUUUAACGCUUUAUCCUUUGGGGCCCACCGCCGUCGUUCUCAGCUGGAACAGGCCUUACCUUGGUGUCUUCCGGAAAUACAUUGUAGAAAUGUUUUAUUUCAACCCCUCAACCAUGACCUCGGAGUGGACGACGUAUUACGAAAUUGCAGCUACCAUCUCUUUAACGUCAUCAGUGAGAAUAGGCAACCUGCUACCUGCCUGGUAUUAUAACUUUCGAGUUACCAUGGUGACAUGGGGAGACCCAGAACUGAGCUGUUGUGACAGCUCCACCAUCGGCUUCAUAACAGCUCCAGUAUCUCCCGAAAUCACUUCAGUUGAGUAUUUCAAUAACCUUCUCUACGUCAGCUGGAUCUACGGUGAUGACAACACGGACCUUUCCCAUUCUAGGAUGCUGCACUGGAUGGUUAUUGCAGAAGGAAAGAAAAAGAUAAAAAAGAGUGUGACCCGGAAUGUCAUGACGGCGGUGCUGAACCUGCCUGCAGGGGACAUCUACAAUCUCUCAGUAACUGCUUGCACCGAAACGGGCAGUAACACUUCUGCACUUCAGCUGGUGAAAGUUGACCCAGCUCCUCCAAGAUCGCUCUUUGCUGUGAACAAGACCCAGACCUCCGUGACUCUCCUCUGGGUGGAAGAAGGAGUAGCUGAUUUUUUUGAAGUCUUCUGCCAGCAGGCUGGCUUGGGCCAAGACCCAAAGAUCCAGGAACCUGUUACAGUUUCUUCACAUGUAGUGACGAUCUCCAGUCUUCUGCCUGCCACGUCCUACAACUGCAGUGUCACCAGCUUCAGCCACGACAGUCCCAGCAUCCCAACCUUCAUUGCUGUCUCCACCAUGGUUACCGAGAUGAAUCCCAACGUGGUGGUGAUCUCUGUCCUAGCCAUUCUGAGCAUUCUCCUGAUUGGGCUGCUGCUUGUGACACUCAUUGUACUUCGGAGAAAACACCUACAAAUGGCCAGGGAAUGUGGAGCUGGAACUUUUGUGAAUUUUGCUUCAUUGGAGAGAGAUGGAAAGCUUCCGUACAACUGGCGAAGGAGUGUAUUUGCUUUCCUAACUCUGUUACCCUCCUGCCUUUGGACUGAUUAUCUCUUGGCAUUUUAUAUUAACCCUUGGAGUAAAAACGGAUUGAAGAAGAGAAAGCUGACCAAUCCUGUCCAGCUGGAUGACUUUGACGGCUACAUCAAGGAUAUGGCGAAAGAUUCUGAUUACAAAUUCUCUCUACAGUUUGAGGAACUGAAGCUGAUUGGGCUGGAUAUCCCACACUUCGCAGCUGACCUCCCCAUGAAUCGCAGUAAAAAUCGCUACACCAAUAUCCUCCCUUAUGACUUCAGCCGUGUCCGACUAGUUUCAAUGAAUGAAGAAGAAGGCUCUGAUUACAUUAAUGCCAACUAUAUCCCUGGCUACAACUCUCCGCAGGAGUACAUUGCGACCCAGGGACCACUGCCAGAGACGAGGAAUGAGUUUUGGAAGAUGGUUCUCCAGCAGAAAUCACAAAUCAUUGUCAUGCUGACACAAUGCAAUGAGAAGAGAAGGGUAAAAUGCGAUCACUAUUGGCCUUUCACAGAGGAGCCGGUUCCUUAUGGAGACAUCACCGUGGAGAUGCUGUCCGAAGAGGAGCAAGCAGAUUGGGUUUUUAGGAAUUUCAGAAUCAGCUAUGCCGACGAGGUGCAGGAUGUGAUGCAUUUUAAUUACACAGCUUGGCCAGACCAUGGAGUCCCUCCCACAAAUGCAGCAGAAAGCAUCUUGCAGUUUGUACAGAUAGUCAGGCAGCAGGCAAUGAAAAGUAAAGGGCCCAUGAUCAUACACUGCAGUGCUGGUGUGGGACGGACAGGGACUUUUAUAGCAUUGGACCGACUCUUACAGCAUAUUCGGGAUCACGAGUUUGUAGAUAUAUUGGGACUGGUGUCCGACAUGCGGUCUUAUCGGAUGUCCAUGGUUCAGACAGAGGAGCAAUUCAUUUUUAUUCACCAGUGUGUGCAAUUAAUGUGGCUAAAGAAGAAGCAGCAGUUCUGCAUCAGCGACGUCAUAUACGAGAAUGUCAGCAAGUCGUAAUGCCGAGCCGCGGGCGCUGCUUUGCAGUAUGUGGACAAAUGGGGGAAAAAAAGAUGACAUUUUACAUCCAGAAGCUCUGGGAGACAUAGCCUUAAGGAACCUGCAGUGUCUUGUUUGAACUCUUUACUUUCUGGACUUUUUCUUUUCUUUUAAAAUUAGUAAUACUGGACCAAAUUCAACAUGGCGACAUACAAAGGAACAGUAUAAUAACGUGCUUAACAUACAGCACUCCAGAAAGGCUUUCUGACAUCUUUUCAUUUUUUUAAGCCUCUUUAAUUGUUUAUGUUUAACAUGCAGGUUGAGCUUAAAGGUUACGGAAAGUGCAAUAUUCAAGGUUCAGUCUGAACAACUACAAGCUUUCUCCGUGUACCUCUGGUGAUGUCUGUAAAAGGCAGGAAUGGGCAGGUUUAGCAUUGGACAAUAGCUCGUUAGCAUGCAGUAAGGCAUGAGAAGACUGUGGAGGCUGGAAAAAGACGGUGGGCCACUUUGACGCGACCAUCUAAGGCUCACGGACAACCUCCAGUGUGGAGCGUGAAGCGAAGUCUUAUCCUCCCCAAACGAACUGGCUCAAAGCUGGAAAGAAACCCAGAGGAGCCUCAAACUUCAGCACCAGGUCCAACGUUUGAGGUCAACUGUUCCAUUGGCUUGGAGAUCGGUGGUGAAAUUUCACGGAGGUUGGGGUGACUCAAGAAGUCUGAAUUCCAGAGCAGAAAAUGCCCUUUUGCCUGUUCAACGAGUCUACUAGGGAAAAGAAAAAUCCUGAAGACCUGGAUUUGGAGUGCAACUGUUGGAUGGAUGCAACGCCUGCCAUCGAGUGAUGACCAAUUUGGGGGAUGAGCCCCGCUGCUGCACCCAUUGAGUUGCCUGAGUCAGUCUUUGCUGCCAAAACUUUUUCCUGUUUGCUUGGUUUUGUUCAUUUCCUGUCUUUAAAAAACAAACAGAACGAAGCUUUGUCAAUGUUGUGGGGUGUGGGGGGGGCCCGUACGGUGCACUGACAGAUGCAACUUCAUGGCAUUGACGGGCUGGGAAACAUAAGCUGCAGAACUGAGGAUUUCUUUGGGCAUGUUAAAAGCAUUCGAAUGACUUCUUUCCUCAGUGAUGGUACCCAGGUGUCAGUCUUCGGUUUACCGCAGGGUGUUUUGUCUGGAACAGUUAGUGUAACUAGCUGUGUUUCUU